AUGGCCGAAAAGCAUCGGCUGAACUCUGAGGGAUUUGAAUGGCUUAUUGGCGAAAUCGAAUCACGCUUCAAGCAAGCCAUUGUUCAACCGGGUGAAAUGGUCGGUGCAAUAGCAGCGCAGAGUCUCGGCGAGCCGGCCACUCAGAUGACCCUCAACACAUUCCAUUAUGCUGGUGUCUCGGCAAAAAACGUUACACUUGGUGUACCGCGACUCAAAGAGAUUAUCAAUGUCUCGAAGAAACCCAAAACACCGUCGCUUACCGUUUUUCUGCAAGGAACUGCCGCAAAGUAA